UUCCAUUUCUGCCAAUCGAUCCGCUAAAUGCAACACACUGGUCCUUUAAAACAAACGUUAUGGGGGAUCCUUCCAGUUGAGUGAACCGCCUCCCCCUGCUGACGGUUAACUGUAACUGCAGGACCGGCUGACACAACAACACAAACGCCAUCUUUAGCUGAGCCGACAAACUACUGAGGCAGAGUUGGGAACGAAACUAGGUCAAGCGCUCGGAAACGAAAACACUCCUGAGAAUCUUGAUUCGGACGCCUCUCGUCAAUAUUCGCCAACCUCUUCGACUCAUUUGUGCUGUCCUAUGGUCCGAUGUGUUUGAUCGGUCGGCCAGCCCGAACGCAGUUUUCUUGUGUCGGUCCCGGUUGACGUUGAUUAGUCGCCUUUUCUGACAAACAGCCGACGGAGGCGAAAGCCAGGAUGAAACGAAGUCUCCAAGGGAAUGAGCAGGAGGACGGAGGUGGCACCAGCAGUGGGACUCAGCAGACUCUUAAACGGCCCCGCAAGCAGAGCAGGGAGAAAGAUUGUGAGGGGGAGGGAGUCCGCUGGGAGUGUCUGCCACAGGAGAUCCUGCUCCACAUCUUCCAGUAUCUGCCUCUGCUGGAUAGGGCUUACGCCUCUCAGGUGUGCCGGGGCUGGAACCAGGCUUUUCACAUGCCAGAGCUGUGGCGGUGCUUCGAGUUUGAGUUGAACCAGCCAGCCAGCUCCUACCUGAAGGCCACACACCCGGACCUUAUCAAACAGAUAAUCAAAAGGCACUCCAACCACCUGCAGUAUGUCAGCUUCAAGGUGGACAGUAGCCGAGAGUCUGCAGAAGCAGCCUGCGACAUCCUCUCUCAGCUGGUGAACUGUUCUUUGAAAACGUUGGGGCUCAUCUCCACCGCCCGUCCCAGCUUCAUGGAGCUGCCCAAGUCUCACUUCAUCUCAGCACUGACGGUGGUUUUUGUGAACUCCAAAUCCCUGUCCUCCCUGAAGAUUGAUGACACGCCCGUGGAUGACCCCUCCCUCAAAGUCCUGGUGGCCAAUAACAGUGACACGCUCAAACUUCUGAAAAUGAGCAGUUGUCCGCAUGUUUCACCUGCAGGCAUCCUGUGUGUGGCUGAUCAGUGCCACGGCUUGAGAGAACUGGCCCUCAACUACCAUUUGCUGAGUGAUGAACUUCUCAUCGCCCUCUCCUCGGAGAAACACGUUCACCUCGAGCACCUUCGCAUCGACGUGGUUAGCGAGAAUCCAGGCCAGCAGUUCCACACCAUCAAAAAGAGCAGCUGGGACGCCAUGAUGCGCCACUCUCCUAAAUUCAAUCUGGUCAUGUACUUUUUUCUCUACGAGAACGAGUUCGGCCCCUUCUUCCGCGACGAAAUCCCCGUCACGCACCUGUACUUCGGCCGCUCUGUCAGUAAAGACGUGCUGGGCCGUGUCGGGCUCACCUGCCCUCGUCUGGUGGAGCUGGUUGUGUGCGCCAACGGGCUGCGGCCACUGGAUGAAGAGCUGAUCCGCAUCGCCCAGCGCUGCACGCAGCUGUCGGCGAUCGGUUUGGGAGAGUGUGAAGUGUCCUGCAGCGCCUUCGUGGAGUUUGUCAAGAUGUGCGGAGACAGACUGACACAGCUAUCCAUCAUGGAGGAGGUACUGGUUCCAGAUCACCGCUAUGGGCUGGAUGACAUCCACUGGGAGGUGUCGAAGCAUUUGGGUCGCGUCUGGUUCCCUGACAUGAUGCCUACCUGGUAGAGCUGUGGGAAAAGGAGUGUAUUCAAAUUGUAUACAGGUUUUUGUAUGAGUGUAUGUGUGUGUGUGUGUUUGACACCGCUCAUCUUUCCCAGGAACCAUAUAUAUAGUUCUUCUCCGAGUACGUGAAAACAUUACAUGUCUUUGAGUUUCGAUCUGAUGAAACAUGAUAUUUGUUUAAAAAAAAAAAAAACACGUAACAUUGAUUUCAACUCUGCCGUUUCAUGUACUGUAUAUGAUUUUUAUAUUUAUAUGCAUAUUUAUAUCUAAAUUUAUUUGUCUCAUUGUCUAAUGACGUUAAGCACCUUGUUCUUUGAGCAAUUUGUUAAGAACCUGCAGAUCGGUAAUGUGUAGUGUUUCUGGAGAAUUCAGGUUUCCAUGGGAAUUAACAGGAAUGUCUGGGAAUUAUUGGGAAUGAAGGGGAAAUUGUUUCGUGUACACAUCCUGUAUUUACUUUUACUUUUAAAAUUCAGUCAGAAGUGUGAAGAUAUUGCCACAUCAUGAGCCGGCAUUAAUACAAAUCCUUUGCAUAGAAAUCAGGAACUUUAAUUUAAGCUACAGUUAACAGUUUGUCAUCACCACACCACGUACAAAAAGUCUGAGCUCACACAGUUUGGUGGUUUAGGUAAUAAUCUUCACAUUUAAUGGAAAAUUCCCCAUUAGUUCCCCAUCCCUAUUUUGUUGAUUAUGCAGUUAAAAUUCUCCCAACUUAAACUGUCACGAAAGAUUUCACUUUCCAGCCCGACUAACGACACGUUGUGACUGUCCAAAAACGAAGAAACGUUUCAUUAUAAAGGGACAGUCAAGUGUGAAGUUUGAUCAUGUGACUAUGGUUGGAUAGGAUUACAUGUUUAAUACAUGCGGUUUCAUUUGGUUUUGGUUUCCGCGUGUCAUCUACUCCUGUAGUCUAUCAUUGAGUCUCUGUUUGAUGUCUUUGAAUGUGUUUUAGAAAGCGUUGCAGAGUCGCUGCAUCUUAUUUAGAAGAAAGGAGUUGUCUCUUUCUCUGUCCUCUGAUUUGGUAAGGACACGGCAAAGACAGCCAUUUGUGAAGGCGAUGCUCUACAGUGAUUUUUGCCAUAAUCAUAUUAGUCUGUAUAUACUGUAUAUAUAAUAUAUAUAUAUAAAUAUAUAUAUAUAUAUAAAGAGUGAUGCUUGAUAUUUUUGUUUGUAGUAUACAAUAACUACAUUUCUGCAUUGCCAGACCCUUGUUCCUAUUGUAAUUGUAAAUAUCAAAUAUGUCAUAUGACAAAACAAAUGGGAGGGAGAAAUUUUAGUUUACGAAUAUAUAUAUCUGUACAUUUACUAAAUCUUACUGGUGCACUUUUACUCAAUUGAGGAUCACAAGUUUAUCCGUAAUGUCUUUAGGGCAUGAAAUGUUGCAGCAAAACCUUGAUUCAUUUUUACAGUGGUCAGUAAAUCUGUCAGUCCUAUAAGUUAGACUUGUCGGCGAGCUAGCUUUUUGUUCUUUUUUUUUUAAUAUUAAUACAAACUGUGGAUGUUUUUAGAAAUUAAAUCAGUGUUGUCGUAACUAAAAUAAUCUCCCAAAAGCACAAUCGUUCAACCAUGCUAAUAUUCCUCCCAGACAAUAGUUUACUUUAAAAAGAUGUGUUCACAUUUUCUAUUAUCAGGAGCUCUUCAGUUAUGUAUAUGGAAUUUGCUCAACUGUAUAUUUAUAUAAAAACAAUUAAGAAUUAUGGGUUAAAAAGCUAGAACAGGGCUGCACAAUUAUGACCAAUACUGUACAUACUGCAAUAAUAUUCUCAGGCUAUCAUAACGGAAACUAUUGGCCAGCCGACAACAAUUUUGUCCAACUUAAAUUAAUGGCGGUGUUCAUUCUUUGUUUGUAUCUAUGUGUUGCAUGUAAAAAAAAAAAAAAAAAAACAGAAUCCAGAAACUCCACUUGCUCAUUCAGAUGUGGCAACCGUGGUAACGGAAGAAUAUAAAUCAGUGAAAAUGUGAAAAUGGUAACGUUAAAUCAGAAGACGGGACAGUGUGGCAGAUGAAUGUUGAAGAAACCGAAUGUUUGCCUGAAUGUGAGAGCAUGAAAUAUUUACAUUUCACUGUUGUUUUUGUUGCAGUAAAGUGGAAGAAUAAUAGCUGGAACUUUGUCUUAUGAUGGAUUUAUUAUAGAUGUUGUUGCCCGCGGACUUGCUGAAAGUUAUCACCCUUGGACUGUGCAAUAAAAGAGGCCUGUAAGUCAGAAAUUGAUAAAUCGUUUUAUAGAGUUAACUGUCAUCCUGUUUUUGUUUUUUUUUUGGGGUGCAAAUGUUAAUUGAAAAAUAUCACUACACUCUCUGAUAGUGACCCAUCAUGUCUUAAUUUCUUUCUCUUUCUUGAGGUCAGCAAGGACUGGCAAUGGACUUUGUUCUUUACUGACUUGCAGUACAUUUUUAUUGUGUAUUUAUGAAAUCAUCCGCUGAUUAAUAUUAAUUGUCUGCAUUUGUAUUCAGUGCUUAUAGAUGAUCAUUGUAACAUUCAAGGAUAGUAAGAGUAAGGGCUGCGUUUCUUCUUAUAGAGUGUACUGUGUGUUGCUUUUAUUUUAGUUAAACAAAGCUGAUUUGUACUGAGAUUGGUAGGAAAGGUAACCUCUUGUACUUUUCCCAAAGAUAGGUAUUAUCUGAGUGAAGUUCAUAGCCACAUUAAAAAUGCCUAUUUGAAUAUGUAUUACAUGUUUGAACUAUAAAGACAAAACUGUUGCUUUAA